GCCCGCGGCGGCACGUGUGUCCCGGCGCCGCAUUUCCGAGCUGCUGCGCCCCCGGAGCCUGGCUGCGGCCACAGCGAAGGCUGUCGGGCCCUGCAGCUGAGCGGCCGAGCCUCCGAUGGCCCCUCCUCCCGCCUGGCCGAGCUCUGGCCUGGGCCGGCUGGGGGCUUCGUGGUUGGCCACGCCGGCCUUUUCCUCGCCUGUGACGGGCGUGAUUGCAGGGGGUUUUCGGUGAACGUUAGGCGACGGAGGGGGGCUCCUGUAAGAGACUGAGGUUUCUGUCCGCAGCACUGCCUUCGCUGAAAAGAGCUUGCAUCUGAGCCCCCGCACCGCAGGAACGAGCCAGGCUCCCGAGAAUGAGAUCGGGGAAGGCGUCUUGGGCAACCGAAACCCAUCCGGAGAAGCUGUCAUAUAACCCGAGAGCUCCUCCUCUUAACUAGAACUUUAGGACAGAGAUCGGCAAAGUCUGAGGAAAUGGGCACGGCUUAGAGCUGCCGGCGGCUGCGGAAUUUACUUAGCUUCUUGGUUUUUUGGGGGGAAGACUUGGCUUGUUUAAUCGAAAGCCCUGUGGAGAGAGAUGAAGAUGGUGACAGAAAAUGCGUCACCUCUCACCUCAUGGAGGGAGUGCUAGUGGAAGGGUUGACUGAAGAAGCGUCAGAGGCAGGAGCUGGGAACCAGUUACAUUCAAGGAUGCCUCUGUGGCCUUCACCGAGGAGAAGUGAGGCCACCUGGACUCUGCUCCCAGGAAGCUGUGCAGAGCUGUAAUGCUGGGAACUACAGGAACUUGGUCUUGGAGACUUGAAUGAAAAUUCUGUGGAGAAUCUUCAGCAGAAAGCACUUCAGGAUCUGUUACAUGAACUUUCCUCCUGGCUAAUUUUGGAAGGCAUGGCCAGUACAAUUAGUGGAAGUCAGGACUGUAUCGUGAAUCAUCAAGGGGAAGUGGAUGGGGAGCCUGAACUAGACCUUUCCCCUUGUCAACAGUGGGGAGAAGCAUCGUCUUGUAUUUCCAGAAACAGGGACAGUGUGAUGACUCUUCAAAGUGAUUAUUUCAAAAACAGUGAAAGUGAAACAUAUUUGCCUUUGAAAGUCCCAAGCCAAAUAGACACACAAUACUCUUCAGUGAAGUUCUGUAAGAAUGAGCCUCAGGAUCAUCAGGAAAGCAAACAUCUCUUUGUAACGGAAGAAAGCACUGAGAGAAAAGUGAUAAAGGGGGAAAGUUUUUCAGAGAACCUUCAAGUUAAAAUGGUGUCUGAUGGAAAAGAACUGGCCUCGCCAUUGUUAAAUGGUGAGGCAACUUGCCAGAAUGGCCAAUUAAAAGAAUCUUUGGAUCCCAUUAACAGUAACUGCAGAGACAUUUAUGGAUGGAAAUCACAGGUGGUCAGUUGUAGUCAGCAGAGAGCUCAUACAGAGGAGAAACCCUGUGACCAUAAUAACUGUGGGAAAAUACUUAACACCAGCCCAGAUGGUCAUCCAUAUGAGAAAAUCCACACUGCAGAGAAACAAUAUGAAUGUGGUCAGUGUGGUAAGAACUUCAGUCAAAGCUCAGAACUACUACUUCAUCAGAGAGACCACACAGAAGAAAAACCCUACAAAUGUGAACAGUGUGGGAAGGGCUUCACAAGGAGCUCGAGUCUGCUUAUCCAUCAGGCAGUCCACACAGAUGAGAAGCCUUACAAGUGUGACAAGUGUGGGAAGGGCUUCACCAGGAGCUCAAGUCUGCUCAUCCAUCACGCUGUCCAUACAGGCGAGAAACCUUAUAAAUGUGACAAGUGCGGGAAGGGCUUUAGUCAGAGCUCCAAACUACAUAUCCACCAGCGAGUCCACACUGGAGAAAAGCCCUAUGAGUGUGGGGAGUGCGGUAUGAGCUUCAGUCAGCGCUCAAACCUGCACAUCCACCAGCGAGUACACACAGGAGAGAGGCCCUACAAGUGUGGCGAGUGUGGGAAGGGCUUCAGUCAGAGCUCGAACCUUCACAUUCACCGGUGCAUCCACACGGGAGAGAAGCCUUACCAAUGCUAUGAGUGUGGGAAGGGUUUCAGCCAGAGCUCGGAUCUUCGCAUCCAUCUCAGAGUUCACACUGGGGAGAAGCCCUAUCACUGUGGCAAGUGUGGGAAGGGAUUUAGCCAGAGUUCCAAACUCCUCAUCCACCAGAGAGUACACACUGGAGAGAAGCCCUAUGAGUGCAGCAAGUGUGGGAAGGGCUUCAGCCAGAGCUCCAACCUUCACAUCCACCAGCGGGUUCAUAAGAAAGAUCCUCGCUAAGUGACAUUUGCCCGUUCAAGUCUUCACAGCGCUCAUACUGUAAAAACUGUUAAAUAUUUAGUAUCACUCUUACCUUUAUAUUCUACAAAGGAGAGAGAUGUAAGGGUUAUUUAGAUGUGUUUCCUCACUGAAAAAUCAUUCAUUCAAAGUAUUUAAGUAUCAAGCACUUUUUUAUGCUGUACAAUGAAUGGAUUGUUCUUAUUUCUCAGAUGGGUAGAGUAAAAGUGUCUGUACUUUACAGUUCAACUACAUAUUCUACCCAGCAUUUUAAUGGCAAGAACUUUAUAUUUAUUCUCAAGCAGGGCAUGUUUUCCUUUGUUCACAUUCUCUGAGAAAUUGAAACUCUGGUUUCUCUUCAAA